AUGCCCAAUCACUUGCGUGAGGUUGUCGAGAGCUGCGAUGCUGUACUCAUCCUGGGUGCACAAAUGGGCGAAAUUGCUUCCUGCAGGAGACAGUGGCCGGCUCGUAGGAUGAAAGUUGUGCAUGUGGAUGCGGACCCCACAGUGCUGGGCGCCAACUUCCUUCCAGAUGUGCCGGUGCUCGGAAGCGUUGACAUGGUGUUGCGGCUGAUGUUGGCGGAACUCCAGCAGCAGGGCAUCCAGCCCAACAUGCGGAAGACGGCAGAUGGCAGCCUACACGAUCAUACGUUGAGGGCAGAGCUAAAGGCAGCGCAUGAG